AUGAAAUUAUAUCUUUUAUUACUGAAUUGUUUAAUUUUUGGUAAUUUAAGAGGCGCCCAAAGUAGGAAUAUCCCGUAUAAAGAAGACGCAGGAGGCGUUUCCGAAGAAGCGAUAAAAAAACUAAAAGAAAUUAAAAAACUCGAGUUGGAUAUCCUGAAGGACAUCGUGAAGCAGGACCCGACGCAUGAGGACAUCUACAAGAAAUACCACUGCAUCGCCAGUGACUACAUUUCGCACGUCCCCAAAGGCAGCAAUCCCAAGGAGACGAACCCAAAUAAUGACCCAAAAGAAAACAAAACGGAGGAACAUAAUUUGGAAAAAAAAGAGGAGAAAUCAGAAAAAAGUUUCAUAGAAAAAAUUGUAUCCUUUGUAUCCAUUUUUAGAUACGAUAACGUAAGCAGAAUUUAUUCUGAGAAUGUCCAGAGAAGUUUUCCUACACCAAGGGACGAGACAGAUAAUGGGAAUAAUGCUGACGAUGCCAUAUACAAGGAAGACAAAACUGAAAUAGGCAAACAGAAAAACUCAAGCUCUUACGUGCAAUUAUCAGCAUUAAGUUUAAUGAAAAGGAAUAUGUUUUUGGGUGGCAAGGACAAAUCUAGUGAACAUUUCGAGGUGGGAAACUUGGGAUCCUUUUACAUGAUUUUUGGGGCUCGUAAUACUGAUUAUCCCUGGGCGUGCACGUGCGACCCUCUUCAGCUCAUCGAUUACAAGGAGAAGAAGAGAAACUACGUUUUGUGUAGCAACCAAGUGGAUAUGUCUAUACAGAACGCCGAUUUGUUUUGCAACCCCAAGAAUUCAUCUGGCUACUUUUACUUGUCCUACAUUUUCAUGUUUCUCAUUGUGAUCGUGUGCUUUUAA